AUGUUAUCAGAAGAAAGUUUUUUGUCGAAAGUUCAACAACGCAAAUACUGGCAAAAACCAUAUACGAAGUGGAGCAUUGAAUCUUGGGAUGCAUUUUACUUUAAAGAACACCCUAAUGCAACAAUACGAAAUUUGCGUAGUUACCUAGCUGGUGAACUAAGAAGUAUCACAGAGAAUUCAGUAUCCAGAAUAAAAGAGAAGGCACUAAAGUUUGUGCCCACAUAUUGGAGGUUAAUGUUUACACAUUCUCGGGAAUGUGAGCAUAGUAUAAUGUGCUACGCUCUGUCCCUUUGUGCAUGGGAAGAAGAGCGUCCAGACACGAGUACCUGA